AACUUUCAACAGUUGCAAAUUAAACAUUCUGCUGAACGUAAUCAUUCUUAACCAAGCAGUAUUGCGCAGCACGGAAUGGGAAAGCACGUGUAUACUACAGUGUAGUACGAAAUCUAUUGUAACCAUACAUUAAUAUUUUUUUGUACGUGCAAUUUUAGAAUUAACUAACAAUAAUGGCUGAAUUUCUGAAAGAUGCGCGUUUUGCGCAUAUCGUGAAAGAUCCAAAAUUUCGCCAUAUUCCUAAAGCCGAGAGAAAAGUGAAAAUUGAUAAACGAUUCCAAGGCAUGUUCAAAGAUAAGAAGUUUACCGUGAAAUAUACUACUGAUAAGCGCGGUAGACCAGUCAAUCAGGAUACUUCAGAAAAUCUUAGAAAGUAUUACGACCUCUCUAGUAGUGAAGAAACAGAAGAUGCUUCUGUAUUAUCUGCGACUCAGGAAACCAAGAAUAAAGGACAAGUAAAAAAUAUACAUAAUCAAGUAAAGAAUAAGGAGAACAAAACAACAAAAGGAACUAGUUCAAACUCUACUGAAAUACAUUCAAACAGAAAAAAUAAAAAAAUAGAUUUGUUACACACAAAACCGAAAAAGAAAUCUGAUCAGUACUUUGAUGAUGAAUCAGAUGAAUCUUCAUACAAUACUGAGGAUGAGAGUGUGCAGGAAGAAUCUUUUCAAGUAGAUAUAGAUGAAAAUAAAAAACAGCUGCAUAAAAGAGACAAACACGAAAAUAGGGAACUGACAAGCCAAAUCAAGAAAAGAUUAAAAGAUCUUAGCGUAAAUUAUGCUAGGGGUGAAGGUAUCCUGAUGACCGGUAGUUCUUCAGAAGAAGAAUCUUCUGAUGAUAGUGAUAAUGAUCAAGAGAUUAAGCAUGAUUGGGGUGAAUUAGACAAAGAUGCUGAAACAACAGAUGAGAUAACAUGUAGAUUAGCCAUUUGUAAUAUGAACUGGGAUAUGAUACGUGCUGUUGACUUAAUGAUUUUGUUAAAUUCUUUCUUAUCCAGCGGUGGUCUUCUGUGUUCAGUCACGAUAUAUCCAUCGGAAUAUGGUCAACAGCAAAUGAAGGAAGAAGAAAUAAAUGGACCAGCGGGACUGAAAAGUAAUAACAUUGACAGUGACGACGAAAAUGAGGAUAAUGAAGAAGGUAGAAAAUAUCACAUGGAAAAACUGAGACAGUAUCAAUUGAAUCGAUUAAAAUAUUAUUAUGCUGUUGCUGAAUUUGAUUCCGCCGAAACAGCAAAUAAAAUCUAUACGGAAUGUGACGGCAUCGAGUAUGAAUCAACUGCAACUAGACUAGAUCUCAGGUUCAUACCAGACAAUAUGACAUUUGACCAGGAGCCUAAAGAUUCGUGUAAUAAGAUUCCUGAUUUUACCAAGUAUCAACCGAGACAGUUCACGACAACAGCUUUGCAACAAGUUAAAAUUGAUUUAACAUGGGACGAUGUUGAUCCGGACAGACAAGAGUUUAUGAAUAAGGUAUUUUCAGAAAAACCAGAGGACAUCGACGAUAAUGAGUUACAUAAAUAUUUGGCGAGUGGUAGCGAAGACGACUCAGCUACAGAGAAUAAAAAAGAUCCAGAUAUCGAGGCCAACGGUAAUUUGGACUCGAAGGUGAAAAACGAUCCAAUUGAAAAAUAUAAAGCUCUGUUGAAGUCCAUUGAAGAACAAGAGGAGGCCGAAAAGAAGGAUGUCGAAUUGGAAGUCACUUGGAAUGUAGACACGAUAGAAAAGGAUAAAAUAUUAGAUAAAGAAAAGACGAAAAUCAAUGAAGAGCUCACGCCUUUCCAGAAAUAUGUAGAGAAACGCAAAACAAAGAUAAAAGCCAAAAGAGAAGAAAAAAAGCAGAAGAAAAAAAGCCAAUUGAACGGUUCAGAAGAUUCUUUGCAGUCCGAUAUAAAUGUGAACGAUAAACACUUCUGUGGGGAAUUGAAAAAUGGUAAAUCAUUGUCUCGUAAGAAGGAGAAGGGAGACGAUGAGGAUAAUGAUGGAUUGAGCAAUCAAGAAGCGGAUAAACGUAAAGCAGAGUUAGAGUUACUGUUAAUGGAUCAAGAUGAGAGUGGUGGUAAGAAACAUUUCAACAUGAAGGAAAUUGAAGAAAACACCGCUCUUUCCAAAUCUAAGCGAAAACGUCUCAGCAAGAAGAAAAAUAUGCAAGAAAAAGUUAAGGAGGACGAUUUCGAAGUCGACGUUACUGAUCCUAGAUUCACCGCUUUAUUCACAUCGCAUCACUUCAAUAUCGAUCCCACCAAUCCGCAUUAUAGGAAGACAAAGGGUACCGAGGUUUUGGUUAAUGAAAAGCUCAAGAGAAGAGCCGAUGACGUAGCACGCGUAGAAGACGUUAAGCGAUCUAAGAAGCCAAAAUCAAAUGAGAGACUAUCGACGGAAUUGCAAGCAUUAGUUAAAUCUGUCAAGAGAAAAACACAUGUUACAUGGCCGAUAAAAUAAUAAUGCAGUCGUUUAGUUCUGUAUUUAUCUUUUUAAUACGAAGAAUUUAAGAACUGA